UCGGACGCGUGCGCAGCGCCGGCCCCUUCCCGGCCGGAGCUUCUACAGUUCACGCUCCUCCUCCCGCUCCGCGCCCCCGCCCCUAGCCGGCCUCGGCCCUGUACCAGCGUGGGGUCCAACCGUGGGAGCUGUACGUUCUCCCGGGACGGCCGCGGUACGUACUCACGGCGCCUGGCUUUAGCCAUGGCGAUGGAUCAAGUGAACGCAUUGUGCGAGCAGCUGGUGAAAGCGGUGACGGUCAUGAUGGACCCCAGUUCUACUCAGCGCUACCGGCUGGAAGCCCUCAAGUUUUGUGAGGAGUUCAAGGAAAAGUGCCCUAUCUGUGUCCCCUGUGGCUUGAGGUUGGCUGAGAAAACACAAGUUGCCAUUGUCAGACACUUUGGCCUUCAGAUCCUGGAACACGUUGUCAAGUUUCGGUGGAACAGCAUGUCUCGAUUGGAGAAGGUCUAUCUGAAGAACAGUGUCAUGGAGCUGAUUGCAAAUGGGACACUGAACAUUUUGGAAGAGGAGAACCACAUUAAAGAUGUUCUAUCUCGAAUUGUAGUAGAAAUGAUCAAGCGUGAGUGGCCACAGCACUGGCCUGAUAUGCUAAUAGAAUUGGACACUCUUUCCAAACAAGGGGAAACACAGACAGAAUUAGUGAUGUUCAUCCUUUUGCGUCUGGCAGAGGAUGUAGUGACCUUUCAGACACUACCCCCUCAAAGAAGAAGGGAUAUCCAGCAAACAUUAACCCAGAACAUGGAAAAGAUCUUCAGUUUCCUACUUAACACACUUCAAGAAAAUGUAAACAAGUACCGGGAAGUGAAGACAGAUAAUUCUCAGGAGUCAAAGGCCCAAGCGAACUGUCGUGUAGGAGUCGCAGCACUGAAUACUCUAGCAGGCUACACUGACUGGGUGUCCAUGAGUCACAUCACUGCUGAAAACUGUAAGCUCCUGGAGAUGCUGUGUCUGCUUCUGAACGAACAGGAACUUCAGUUGGGAGCAGCUGAGUGUCUUCUCAUAGCAGUGAGCAGGAAAGGCAAGUUGGAAGACCGAAAGCCGUUGAUGGUCUUAUUUGGAGAUGUUGCCAUGCAUUAUAUACUCUCUGCUGCACAGACUGCUGAUGGAGGAGGCUUAGUAGAAAAACACUAUGUCUUCCUGAAGAGACUCUGUCAGGUGUUGUGUGCUCUGGGCAAUCAGCUCUGUGCAUUGCUGGGCAUGGAUUCUGAUGUAGAAACACCAGCAAACUUUGGAAAAUACCUGGAAUCUUUUCUUGCUUUCACAACCCAUCCAAGUCAGUUUCUACGCUCUUCAACUCAGAUGACUUGGGGAGCCCUCUUCCGGCAUGAGGUCCUAUCUCAUGACCCUUUGCUGUUAGCAAUAAUACCAAAAUAUCUUCGUGCUUCUAUGACUAACUUGGUCAAGAUGGGCUUUCCUUCCAAAACAGACAGCCCUAGCUGUGAAUACUCUCGAUUUGAUUUUGAUAGUGACGAGGACUUCAAUGCUUUCUUCAACUCGUCCCGGGCCCAACAAGGAGAGGUAAUGAGGUUAGCAUGUCGUUUGGAUCCCAAGACCAGCUUCCAGAUGGCUGGCGAGUGGCUGAAGUAUCAGCUGUCAACUUCUGUUGAUACUGGAGCCUUGAAUUCUGGAUCUGGAGAAGGCAGCCUUUGCUCCAUUUUCUCACCUUCAUUCGUGCAGUGGGAAGCCAUGACCUUUUUUUUGGAAAGUGUCAUCAACCAGAUGUUCCGAACACUAGAUAAAGAAGAAAUUCCUGUUAAUGAUGGAAUAGAGCUGUUGCAGAUGGUCCUGAACUUUGACAUGAAGGAUCCCCUCAUCCUGUCCUGUGUCCUCACUAAUGUCUCAGCACUCUUUCCAUUUGUCACCUACAGACCAGAGUUCCUGCCCCAGGUCUUCUCUAAGCUUUUUUCAUCUGUCACUUUUGAAACUGUGGAGGAAAGUAAGGCGCCCAGAACCCGGGCAGUAAGGAACGUGAGGAGACAUGCUUGUUCCUCCAUCAUCAAGAUGUGUCGUGACUACCCGCAGCUCGUGCUGCCCAAUUUCGACAUGCUUUAUAACCAUGUGAAGCAGCUCCUUUCCAAUGAGCUACUCCUGACUCAAAUGGAGAAGUGUGCCCUCAUGGAAGCCCUGGUUCUCAUUAGCAACCAAUUCAAGAACUAUGAGCGUCAGAAGGCAUUCCUAGAGGAGCUCAUGGCACCUGUGGCCAGCAUCUGGCUUUCAGAAGACCUGCACAGAGUACUGUCGGAUGUUGAUGCUUUCAUUGCCUAUGUGGGUGCAGAUCGGAAGAGCUGUGACCUGGGCCUGGAGGAUCCCUGUGGUUUAAACCGCGCACGAAUGAGCUUUUGUGUGUAUAGCAUUCUGGGUGUUGUGAAACGAACUUGCUGGCCCACUGAUGUAGAAGAGGCCAAAGCUGGGGGAUUUGUGGUGGGUUAUACACCCACUGGAAAUCCUGUCUUCCGUAACCCCUGCACAGAACAGAUUCUGAAACUUCUUGACAAUUUGCUUUCUCUUAUAAGAACUCACAAUACUUUAUAUGCACCAGAAAUGCUAGGCAAAAUGGCAGAGCCUUUCACAAAAGCUUUGGAUAUGCUUGAAGCAGAAAAAUCUGCUAUUUUAGGAUUACCUCAGCCUCUCUUAGAAUUGAAUGACUCUCCUGUCUACAAAACAGUCUUGGAAAGAGUGCAGCGUUUCUUUUGUACCCUCUAUGAAAACUGUUUCCAUAUCCUAGGUAAGGCAGGCCCUUCCAUGCAACAGGACUUCUAUACCGUGGAGCACCUUGCUACCCAGCUUCUCAGCUCAGCCUUCGUCAACUUGAACAAUAUUCCUGACUACCGACUCAGACCCAUGCUUCGGGUCUUCGUGAAGCCUCUGGUGCUCUUCUGUCCCCCGGAGCACUAUGAAGCCCUGGUGUCCCCAAUCCUUGGACCUCUUUUCACCUACCUCCACAUGAGGCUUUCCCAAAAAUGGCAAGUCAUCAACCAGAGGAGCCUGCUGUGUGGAGAAGAUGAGACUGCAGAUGAAAACCCAGAGUCUCAAGAGAUGCUGGAGGAACAGCUGGUGAGGAUGUUAACCCGAGAAGUCAUGGACCUUAUCACGGUGUGCUGUGUUUCAAAGAAAGGUGCCGACCACAGUGCUGCUCCCGCUACAGAUGGAGAUGAUGAAGAAAUGAUGGCCACAGAGGUGACCCCCUCAGCCAUGGCGGAGCUUACAGACCUGGGCAAAUGUCUAAUGAAGCAUGAGGAUGUUUGUACGGCGCUGUUAAUUACAGCCUUCAAUUCCCUGGCCUGGAAGGAUACUCUGUCCUGCCAGAGAACGACCACACAGCUCUGCUGGCCUCUCCUCAAACAAGUGCUGUCAGGAACGCUGCUGGCAGAUGCGGUCACAUGGCUUUUCACUAGCGUGCUGAAGGGCUUGCAGACGCAUGGGCAGCACGAUGGCUGCAUGGCUUCCCUGGUCCACCUGGCCUUCCAGAUAUACGAAGCACUGCGGCCCAGGUACCUGGAGAUAAGAGCUGUGAUGGAGCAGAUCCCUGAAAUACAGAAGGACUCACUUGACCAGUUUGACUGCAAGCUUUUGAACCCCUCUCUACAGAAAGUGGCUGACAAGCGUCGGAAGGACCAAUUCAAACGCCUCAUUGCUGGUUGUAUUGGGAAACCCUUGGGAGAGCAGUUCCGAAAAGAAGUUCACAUUAAGAAUCUUCCCUCGCUUUUCAAAAAAGCAAAGCCAAUGCUGGAGACGGAGGUGCUGGACAACGAGGAGGGCGGCCUGGCCACCAUCUUUGAACCCUGAAUCAAACUUUUGGGCAUCCUUCGUCAGCCUUUAUUGUCAUCUCUUCUUCCCUUUGUAGCUAAUAUCUAGGCCCCUCUCCACUGCCACCUCACUUUCCACCAUUGUCAGCCUGGAGAGAGAUCCAGGUCUAGAGCGGUAGAGAGCGCACCCCGUGCAGGACCACAAGUAAUUAUGCUGAAAUAUCAAGAAAGGGAGUCAGGGCUUAUACCAAUGUGUCUCCCAGAGGUCUCCCAUUCUGCUCGGAGUUUUUGGCUUUUCCAGAGAAAAGUUAGAGCAGAGGAGUCCUCCUCCCUAAGCCCUCCUGCCCCAGUGAUACACUGUGCAGAGAGGUGACCGGGGUGCUAUACCCAACACUGCGACUGGCUGGGCUUGCGGGAGUGGUUCAGCCCAAAACUACUACAUCCCCUGGGGGCAUGUCUGGAUCAGGUACUGAGUGCUGACUGAAUUUGGCCAGUUCCCUCUCUCUUUUGAGUAAGAAUCUGGUCACCUGAAGGGACCCGUGGUACAGCUACUGCUAAGCUCUGGACUCAGUAUCAAGUGUAUCAUCUUCAGGGACCAGAGCUAGGCCAGGGUCUGUAGUACUCUUGACAUCCCCCUUAGAGUUCACACAUCUUCCAUGAAUGACCCUUCCAUGUGGUUUCCCCAGCCCCAGGGUCCACUCAGGCACAAGAGCCACAGUACCCUAUCUAGUGUCACAUGAUGCCACUGGCAUCUAAGGAUAAUGCAGACCAACAAGGCUACAUUCUCUCCUAGACUAGCUGAGUCCAGGUGCCUUCAAAAAGCUCAUGGUCUUUCAGAUCCCUGAGUCACUUAUCUCAAGGGCCAUUUCCAAAAAAAAGAACAUAUGCCAUCCCAUCACACCCUGUAUUGAGUCUCCAGUCCGUUCUAGAGGUCACUGGAUGGCCAUGUAAGCAGAGGGGACAUGGAUGUGGGAGGUCAUGGACAGGCUCAAUCCACACAAAGCACACAGCGUGUCCACGUGUUCUCCACAAAGAGGCCCGUCAUUGAUCCAGCCCACUGAUGAGAGGGUUUCAGUGCGGACUGAGCAGAGCAGCCUGGACUGAAGCUGCAGCAGUGAGCUGGUGCAGACGGCCAGGCAGGGCAGGCCUGGGAAGAGGUGAAGCUGGCAAAACAGGACUUGGAAUCCUGUGUAGCUGUUUCUGCAGCACAGACUUGCCCUGUGCCCUCUUCCUGGGUGGUGCUUUGGGCUUCAUCCUGUCAACUAAAGGCAUCUCAGAGCCCGUUUCCUUCCAAGCUUGACAACUGGCUACUUUUCUCUGUGGUUGGGGCUGUGGAGGGCACAGUUGUAUUUAUUGUGUUGUAAUAUUUUUAAUAUCCUGUGACUUUGUGCUCAAAGUUUUCUAUUGUUCAUAGAACCUUUUGUAGAAACGUGAAGUCUAGAGCACAUCUGCAUGUCAGUAAACAGCUCCGUUUCAUACA